AUGGCUUACGUUGAACGAGGGGUUGUCAAAUCAAAGCGAUCUAUAUGGCGAAUCAAGACUAUAACUGAUUUUUUCUGGGCCAUUGUGAACUUCAUAGGCGUGUUUUUUGCCACAAUGUUCUCGGUAGAAAAGUCAGAUGCCUACAAGAAAGGUUCUGCUGGUAAGAACUGGGGUGGAGGAGGUGGAGGAGGAGGCAGCGGAGGAGGCGGUGGUGGUGGCGGCGGCGGUCCUCGCGGCCCUCCUCGUGGUGGCAUUGACAACGUCCGUGGGCUAGAUAGUAUCCGCGGAGGUGACCAUAGUGCACUACCUGCAUGCGGUUCAUGCUGUGGUUGA